CUGCUGCGCUUUUCCAGCAACACAUUUUUAUCACCUGCGCUUUUAGCCUACUUUAAAAGUUCACGCCAUCUUGUAUUAUUGUAACGUUACCUUGACAACGCAUGCUAUUAACUAACACUCACGUGACUCGAAAGACCAGGAUCUGCCCGAAAGUGCGCAUGCACGACCCGGCAUUGCUCUCACGUGACUAGACGCUGCAUCUGGCGUCAUUCGUCGUCUUGGAAACUGCGCUGCUGCUGGGGACGCUCUGGACUCUGACCGUUUUGAAAAUAAAUUCAAGUUCAUGGGAUAGACGAUUAACAUGUCACCUUUUCUAAAGAGGGGAGCCGCACCGGAAUCUAACUAAGAGUUACCCAAGAAUGAAAUGGCAGCUGCGGAACCAACUAGGCCACCCUCCGGGUCCAAACGUAUUUCGUCUUUUGAUCUUCCUGUACACCCAAUUUUAAAACCCAACACAAAUACCAUGAAUAUUCCAAGGCCUAAAUCUGCCAAAGGUCGUAGUCGCCCCAGCUCUGCUUAUAUUCAGAGUCCAGAAACUUGUUCAUAUCCCAUUCCAGUUCCAUCUGCUUUUGGUGACCUAAGCAACAGUCCUCCAUCUUCAAUUUUACAACCUCCCAACAGGAUUACUCAAGUGACCAACGAGGAUGUUCCAAAUCUUCUCCAUCAAAUUCCAUCUCGGCCAUCCUCAUCCUUAAAUAGGUACAGAGUUUUACCAUCCAUUGGAAGGAGAGAGACCAGUGACAGUGGAAUAAGGACUAUAGCACAACAAACCAAUAAACUUAAUCUGCAUGCAGAUCUUGAACAAAAAUUAAAAUCAAGCAGAGAAAAGCCACCACUCUCUAAAUCUGACAUUGCAACCUCAAAAACACAGGUAUCUCAGAAUGCAUCAGUCACUUUGCCUGAUGAACCAUCAGAAUCUGAGCCAAGAUUGCGACUUGCUGUGAGAUACCCAUCGGGCCAGAGAUUUGAACGCUGCUUCAGGCCUUCAGACACAUUGCAAUCAAUCCUGUCUGUAGCUGAAUGGAAGAGUAAUAAUAACUAUGCUAACUCUGUGGUUGAAACCAUGGACGUACCUAGGAGAAGUUUUAGUGACCUAUCAAAGACACUGGAGGAAUGUGGAAUUCAAAAUAAAUCAGUUCUUUGUAUCUUACAAGAUGAGGGCGAUUAGUACUUAACAUAUGUAAACUGCGUCCUUCUAUUCAAGAUGAAGAAGGACAUAGAAACAAAGUCCAGUUUGCAUUUAAUUGCUAAAGAUUCCUGAGCAUGAACUGAAUUGAUAGAGCACAUUCUAUGAUUUUAAUAGUUUUUUCUCACAUUUUAAUGAAAAGGAUGGUUAAAAGUUACAUUAUGAAUGACUUUGCAAUCUGAAUCUUUUCUAGGGACUUUUCUUGGUGUACAGUGAUUAUGCAUUCAUUGAGGCAGUGAGAAAUCCAAUUAAAAGAAAAACUCAUGGGUUGUUUACAACUUCAGAUGCAGAACAAAGAUUUUUCACGCAGGCUCUUGGCUGUAUUUCAGUUCAAAAAGCUAUCUAACUUGGCCUUCUUUAUAUUCAAGAUGUUAAAUAUCUUUUCAACUGCACAGCUUUCACAGUCCUCUACAGUAAAAAUAAUCCAAAAAUACAUAACCCUUUGUGAAAAAUUCUUCCUCAAACAUUUUAAAUGACUGUUCAGAAACAAUAUGCCCAGGUUGUAGAUUACUCAUGCUUGGAAAGAUCUCACCAAGUCCCUUGUUAAGCCAUCUGACAAUCUUAUGUUUCAAUAAGACCAUCUCUCAAUGUUCUAAACGUCAAUGAGUACAGGCUAAACUUGCCAAAACUUUCCUCAUAAAACAACCCCUUCAUCCUUAUACCAGAGACUAAAACUGCACAUAAUACUCUAUAUUCAGCCUCACGAAUGCCCUAUACAGUUGCAACAAGGCUUCUCUAAUACACCACCUCCUUGCAAUUAAAAGCAAUCUUCCAUUUACCUUCCUAAUUAUUUGUAUCUGCACGCUAACAUUUUGUAAUUCACAUCUCUCUGCACCACAGCAUGCUGUUGUUUCUCUCCUUUUACCUAAUAUUUUGUUUUUCUAUUUUUUUCUACCAAAAUGGAGAUCUUCAAUCAAGAAGUUAGGAGUUAGCUGAUCCUCCACCCAUGCUAAUAUACAGUAUAAGCUCAACAAGAUGAGUUUUAACUUGUAUAGUAAUCUUUCUAAUGACAUCUUAUCAAAUGGCCUUUGCAUCCUCAAAGAACUCCAAUAAAUUUGUCAAACAUGAUUUCCCUUCCACAAACCAUGCUGACUCUUCCUGA